GUUGCAAUUAAAAGUGCGCAUCGCAUUGUUGGACCGCUCACUCUGAAUACUCUCGGUCUACUCGGCACCAUGAAUGGCUUUAAAGAACUUACUCGCCAAGAUGCCGUUAAGGCUCUUGCCAAUGAAUUAGAUUUUCUUUCGUCAGGAAUUCCUGAAAACAUGAAGAUGGAAAAGGAGCGUUUCUGUCAGCAAAUGCAGGCCUUUCUUUGUCUCUUUAAACGCUAUAUUGAAACUACUAAGGAUAUCGAGUGGGAAAAGAUUAGCUUGCUGCCUGAUAAUGAUCUGAAGUCAUAUUCAAAGUUGCCUAAACCUACUGACCCUGGAAUUAUUAAAGAACAGCUGAACAAAUUAGUCGUCAUCAAACUUAAUGGUGGUUUGGGAACAAGUAUGGGAUGUACUGGUCCUAAGUCCCUCAUUUCUGUUCGCAAUGACCUCACAUUCUUGGAUCUAACCAUACAACAAAUUGAGAACCUCAAUAACACUUACGGUUGCAAUAUUCCACUUGUAUUGAUGAACUCUUUCAACACCCAAGAAGAGACCGCCAAAGUUUUGAAGAAAUAUCAAAAGGUCAAUGUUGAAAUUGAAACCUUCGUUCAGAGCAUGUACCCGCGCUUGAACCGUGAAUCCUUGUUACCGAUUGUAAAACAAAUUGAUUCAAACCUUCUAAUUGGAUCAAAGAAAUCUGAGUCCUUUGAUCAACCCGCAGUUGAUCUCUCAGGUUGGUACCCACCAGGUCACGGUGAUGUCUACCGUCGUUUCUGUGACUCUGGACUGGCCGAAAAGAUGCGUAAGGCUGGAAAGGAGUGGAUUUUCAUCUCGAAUAUUGACAAUCUUGGUGCUUGUGUGGAUUUAAAUAUUAUCAACUUCCUCUGUUCGGAUCCAGUUAAUGCUCCUGGCUUUGUUAUGGAGGUUACGGAUAAGACCAGAGCUGAUGUUAAAGGUGGCACCCUUGUUGGCUAUGAGGGUCGUCUAAGACUUCUUGAAAUAGCUCAAGUGCCCAAAGAACACGUUGAUGAAUUCACUAGUGUACGCAAGUUUCGUAUCUUCAACACCAAUAAUCUAUGGGCAAAGUUGAGUGAGGUGGAGGAACUGGUGAGGACUGAUCAAAUGGCAAUGGAAAUAAUCCGCAAUCCCAAAACCCUUGACUCUGGUCUUAAUAUUAUUCAAUUGGAAGAGGCUGCUGGUGCAGCUAUUCGCAAUUUUAAGGGAGCAAUCGGUAUAAAUGUCCCUCGUAGUCGUUUCUUACCUGUCAAGACCACUUCCGAUCUUUUGCUGCUCAUGUCGAACCUCUACACACUUGACAAUGGCAGAAUUAUGAUGUCACCCAAGCGCUCCUUCCCCUCUGUGCCUUUGGUGAAACUGGGUGGAGAGUUCAAGAAGGUCAAAGAUUUUCUGUCGCGUUUUGCCAAUAUUCCUGAUUUGCUCGAGUUGGACCACUUGACAAUCGCUGGCAAUGUCUUUAUUGGUCAAAAUGUCUCCCUCAAGGGAACGGUUAUUAUCAUUGCAAACCAUGGAGAAAAGAUUUGUCUCCCGAAGGGUUCCCAACUGGAGAACAAGAUAGUUUCAGGUAAUUUGCACAUCUUGGAUCACUAG